CGAAGGUGCACUGGUCGAUUUCACAUCACGUUCGGUUAAAGCCGGGGUGAACAUCACACACUCGGGUGCCCUCUGAAGCUCCCCACCAUGCUUUUAUGAGCCAGGUCCCGCCGCACGGAGACGCGCAGAGUACGCGUGUUGUAGCUCGAGGAGUACGCAGCAGCCCCAUUUGCACCGGCUUCUACGAGUAGAACUUGGCGAGUGCUUCAGGCGCAUGUCAACUUAACAAAAAAUAGCAUCUCCUGCAUAACAUUUUAUCUUUUUAUUCUUAUUUUUUGGUUUUGUCUGCGGAGACGACAACUUUGGAUCGCAAAAGAAAUUAACGGAUGUUCUUGGAUAACCUCUGUUUUACGCGCAGAGCUGCUCCACACAGUCUUGCACGGUGCACGCCUGUCGAGGAAUGGCGCGAUAAAGUGCUCUGAGGAAUCGGUCCAAGUACAUUCACGUUUUGUGUCGACGCCUCGUCAUGUAUUCUCCAAUUUGUCUCACUCAGGAUGAAUUUCAUCCCUUCAUCGAGGCGCUUCUUCCUCACGUCCGCGCCAUAGCCUACACGUGGUUCAACCUCCAGGCCCGAAAACGCAAGUACUUCAAGAAGCACGAGAAGCGGAUGUCCAAGGACGAGGAGCGUGCGGUGAAGGACGAGCUUCUGGGCGAGAAGCCCGAGGUGAAACAGAAAUGGGCGUCCAGGCUGCUGGCCAAGCUGCGUAAGGACAUUCGGCAGGAGUACCGGGAGGACUUUGUCCUCAGCAUGACGGGCAAGAAGCACCCGUGCUGUGUGCUGUCCAACCCGGACCAGAAGGGCAAGAUCCGCCGGAUCGACUGUUUGAGGCAGGCCGACAAAGUUUGGCGUCUGGACCUGGUGAUGGUCAUCCUCUUCAAAGGCAUCCCUCUGGAAAGUACAGACGGGGAGCGCCUCGUCAAGUCUCAACAUUGCACCAACCCAGCACUUUGUGUCCAGCCACACCACAUAACAGUAUCGGUCAAGGAGCUGGACUUGUUUCUAGCAUACUAUGUCCAGGACCAAGACUCGCAGCAGUCAGGAAGUCCCAGUAACAAUGAGCCAGGCAAGAACCCUCUUCCAGUCUACUUGGAGGACAGCUUCAUCAAAUCCGGAGUCUUCAGUGUUACAGAGCUGGUGCGAGUGUCCAGAAUGCCCAUCACCCACGGUGCUGCGGUAAACUUCUCCAUGGCCGACAUGCCCAGCCAGCCCUACUAUCAUGACCUGAACUCCAGCGUGGGGCUGCACCGCUCCCUGUCCUCCCCUCCCGGCAGCAAAAGGCCCAAAACCGUGAACAUGGAGGAGAACAUGGACACCAGCCCGACGGGACCCGACUUCUACUCGUCACCCAGCUCGCCAGCCAGCAGUCGGGCCAACUGGCACGAGAGAGAAGGAGCAGACAUGUCCUCUCCUACCAUGAAGAAGCCAGAGAAGCCGCUGUUCAGCCCCACCUCCCCACAGGACCCCUCACCACGACUCAGCACUUUCUCUCAGCCUCAUCACCCGGGCCUCACAGGUGUAGGACACAGUGUUAUAUCGACGAGGAGCCCCCCUCCACAUUCGCCCCUGCAGUUCUCGGCCUCGUCUAUCUUGCCCCCGGCGCCGUCGCCCUACUUCUCGCACACCACCAUCCGCUACCCGCCCCACCUCAACCCAGCUGAUCCCCUCAAGAGCUACGUGCCGUCAUACGACCCGUCCAGCCCGCAGAGCAGCCAGCCGAACAGCAGUGGCCAGGUGGUCGGGAAGGUCCCGGGCCACUUCACCCCAGUUCUGGCUCCCUCCCCGCACCACGGCGCCGUGCGACCCGUCUCGCUCUCCGUGUCCGACACCAAGCCCAUCACCACAUCCACAGAAUGCUACUCAGCCCCUGGCACCCCGACGGCCAACCGUUUUGUAGGCCUGAGCCCGAGAGAUCCAGCCUUCCUCCACCAGCAACAGCUGAGGAAGUGUGACUGGAGCGUGACUCAAAACGGCAGGCAUUAUGGCCCCAGUGCCACUGACGACACUUUGGGGAUUACUUGGCAAAGUCCUGGUACCUGGGCGAGCUUAGUUCCAUUCCAAGUGUCGAACGGGACUCCGAUUCUGCCAACAAAUGUCCACCAGAACUACAGCAUAAACAUCAUUGGUGAGCCCCUGGUCCCCGCUGAGUCAGGGAACUGAACACACGGAGGCCGGAUGACCCCCCCCCCCCCCCCCCCAGGGCGAAUGCGUGGCCGGAGGUGUCGGCGGGGCGCAGUUAGCACUAAAGGUGUCCGCAGCCAUGGAUGAAACCAGCAAGCAGCACGAGCUGCACAAUCGUCCCCCUUCCAGUCUCGUCCCUUCCAUAAGCCCCUCCCCUAACCCUCCACCACCAGUCCCCCUCCCCAUUAAGGACACUGGCCGCGAAGUGAAGAAGAGGGUCGGUUCGGAGGAUCGAGAAAAAAAGGCUCAAGCUUCAGGCCUGCCGUCUCCUCGCCCCGCCCACCAACCCACCACCCACCAGUCAGUUGUUGUGUUUGCAGAACUUUUCAAUGCAUUCAAAUACUGUGAUGUAUAGAUGCCUUAAUGUUUUAUUGCAUGACACUCUAGUCUCUUAGCGGCAAUUCCGACUAUUUUCCAUGUUGAGGGAAGUUGUACAAUCUUGAUUUACACACACACACACACACACAAGUGAAGAGGUCUGCGUAUCGACACCUUCUGCCUGGUGGAUGGCUCCGAGACUCUAAGCUCUCCGAUCAGACCUCUUGAAAAGAGGCUUUCCCUCGUCAAACGAUUCACUGUGUACACCAUAGGAACAAAAAAAAUUGUGAAUUCAGAGUGUUUCUUUUGAUUUUGAUUUCAGUUUACUGUGAUACGGCUCUUUGUUCAGAAAAUGUGUUGACUUUGUUUAUUCUUAACUACUACUUACUUCAAGAAUUAACGUAAAUACUUACGGAAAGAGUUGAGAACUCUUGAUGCGGUUUUAAAAAAACACUAAACGUUUGGCUUGAGAUUGGGACCCCUCAUGAAAGGAUUUUGCAACUCCUUUACAAAAGGAUUUUAAAAAGACGGAGAAUACGAAAAUCUCGAUAGAGGCAAGUGCAAUUGAAUUUUUGAAGGGAAGCUAUCAGUCUGUCAGCCCUAAGACUCUAAAGGAUGGGGGAUAAUUAUUAAAUGGUUUUAUGGGUAAAAUGUUUCAUAAAACAUUUGAAUUUGAUUUCAGUCACAUAUCCGUCUUCUCACAAGAGAAAGAACCUCCAGCAUGGAAGCCGUUGAAGGCGUGCACUAAGCUACCCGUGCAGCGCUGAGCAAAAACAGCACUUCUUUUGAGCCCUUCCCGUCAUUACGGGGAGUUUUUUGAAUUUAUUUUGGGGGGAAAAUAACCGAACUUAAGUAAAGAAAUGAGACACACAUAGUGUAUAAAAAAUGGCAUUUCAUGUUUAAAAAUAGAUAAAAAAUGUUCACGAUAAGAUCAAGAGCAUAUGCAUUUGGCCAUCAGCUUCUAAAGCUUGUGUUUACAAAAGAAUAUAUGGAAUGCAAAGUGUUUAUCCAUGGAAAUGUACAAUUCAUGCAAAUGUACGGUCGGCUUUCUGUGUAAAGCUACAGUUUGUGCAAGGUUGGAAACUGAAAUUAUGAAUCCAGGUGGUGGCAAAUCCCUGAAAUCUAGAAUUGUGCACGGCAUGUUCACAGCCAUUGCCUCUCCAGUCCAGACGUAUUUAUACAAGGAAAAUCUCUCCAAUACUCUUAAUUUGCACGAUGACAUAUAGUCCACAUUACGUGCCUUGCCUUUGAAUAUAGAGACAUCACUACAUUUGUUUUUGCUGCAUUUAUCAUUAUAGAAAAAAAUUAACAUUUUUAUAAUAAGAAUUGUUUUGUACUCUGAAUGAAUUUGUUGAUUUUUAACUUUAUGUACUACUCUAUCUCACAGUUGCAUUGCAUAUCAAGGCUGUGUAUAGUUGCUGUUCUAAAGUUUGUAAUCAACCAGCAUUUUUUUUUUCUUUCAGUAUUUUGGUGGUUUUUCUAAUAACCUGUCAUCUUUUGUUUUCCUUAUUUUUCAAUGCUCAUUUUGUUCAUCUUCCAAUUACUAUUGUGGAGGGUGGAAUUCAGAAUUAUGAAAAUUAUGCAAUACCAAGUUUUGCCUAUGUAGGUAGUGCUUAUAGAUGCGUCAAUUAUUAGAGGCUAGUUUGGAGAUAGACAAUAUUGUAAUGCAUUUAUUUUGUUGAUAUCGUUGUUUGUCGUUGUUGUUGUUGAUGAUGUUGUUGUUGUUGUUGUGGGUGUCUUCCUUUUUUUUGUGACCAAAGUGGGAACUGCUUUCUAUGCAGUGUAUGACAAGGUCUUUUUUUCUUCUUUCUUUAGCAUUCAGGCCUAGCGAAUGACGGUGAGACGUGUUCCAGUGUAUUUUAAAUUCGGGAGUUUUAGGGUAGGGGGAGGGGCGGUAUUUUUCUAGAAGGACUUGUAUUAAAAAAAAAAUGCACCUUUGGUCUCUCUACGGCUGCAAAGUCACUGAUUGGCCUACUGUGACUCUUACUUUCGACCUUCCACCCGGGGUGCUAGCAUGUGUUUUUUUUUUUACAGGAGAGACGGCUUGACUUGAGUAUGACAAUCAUUUUAAGAAAUCAUUUUGCGUAGAAUCCAAUUCUCUCAUCGAUCCCUUAAAGCCGCAACUGGCGACGGUUACUGAUGCUCGUAUCGAAUACCACGCCGUGAUAGACUAGAUGUCACCGAAUGCAAUUCCCAAGUAGAUGCCUUAAACACAUCAGUGAAGUGGCCUGUGACCUGCGCAACAAUCACACACCGACUAAUGCUAGUGAGACCUGUCCAAAUCAGUUCCAGACAGGCUCAAGCAAGCCUUUAGAAAGUAUUUUUUAAGUAGUAGAUUUGUAUAAAUGUAUAUACGAUAUGCACAUAUGUCAAUUCCUGAGAUACUUUCCCAGCAGAGUGUGUUGAAGUCAAUAUUGGAGAUACAGAAGCGUGGUGUUUUCUAACUUGUCCAGUGGCCCGGUAGACGCUUAAAUAGAAUCCACGAGAAGAAAAAUAUAGCACUUAACUAGCACAUAGGCAAUCGUCUUCUUCCCCCGUACAGUGUUUUGAACCUAGUCUUAAACUACAUCUCUCAGGCGUAUUACAGGGCAUAAUUGAAAUGAUCAUUAUCUUAUCAGUUUUAAUGUGAAACAACCCAACUAAAUACGGCUUUUCUCACAGUGAGAGCAGCGCCUUCGAUGCAAUCGUGAACGACAUGUUCCCCUCAGAGAGACGGUAGAACCGGGAGCUCUCCGGCUGUCGUUAGCAGAGGACUAAGAAGCGGAAAACAUUUUUUAAAAUAAUCCUCAAGUCAAGCUCUGUCUCUCCGUCUUCACCCAGAUAUCUUAUGCAGAGAGAAAAAUUUGAAUAAGUCACCCUGUUCUAUGUGCACUGUUCUGUCUUUUGUUGUCGUUUUAUUCUUUUAUUUGUUCUUUUAAAAGAAAGAAAAACUACAAGUGCUUUGCAGCCUUUGGCCAUUAGAGAGCCCACUGACGUGCAUUGUCCCCAAGUGUGUGUGUGAGUGUGUGCGUGAGUGCGUGCGUGUGUGUGUGAUAAAGAUGUGUCAGGGUCACUGUGCUGUUGGUUUUUAUUUGAAUCGGAGACUGUACAUAAAGGUAAAUAUCCUGAUUGCGUCAAUAGCGGGAGUCUGUGGGCUCGAGCUCUGCUUUGGCAGCUUGAGCGUGUACGUUGGUGUGUGCGUGUGACUUUGUGAGCUGGAUGUGUGAUGGAGUGCCUCUGACACAACACAAUGAGAGAAGAUGAGGGUCUUUCUAUUGAAAAAGAAGAAAAAAAGCCUGCCGUGGGACAGGAGUUUGUACACUGUAAACUUUCUCGAGAGUUCUCCUCUUAAGCCCUUAUUUGUAAAUCUUCAAUUCUGGGGAAAAAUAAGUCGAUUCCAUUUUAGGAAAAAAAAUCAUGAUAAUCCGGGUUUUUAUUUUGGAGGCUGGAUUUGAGUUAGAACUCUCCAGGUCUUCCCAAUUCGUAGAGUCUAAAGUGUUUUCAUCAGUUGUAUUUCUGUAUGUAAAGUAAAAAAAGGGGAAAUCCUAUACAGAUCCAUAAAAAAACAACAAUGAAGGCUUUUUUAAAUUAUGAUAACUAUUAUUGUUUCUGAUCUUGGUUAGUGCUUCGAUAUUUCCAUUUGGGAAACACUUCAUGGAUAUUUGAAUAGUUGUUCUUUCAUUAGUGUGGCCAUAGAGAGUGUGAUGUGAUUUAACAAGAUCUUGGUGUGAGUGUGUUUCUUGUAGCAGCUGGGGGCGACUUCACUGAACUAUAAAAGUAGUAGAAAAGGCCCCAGAAUGCACCUGACCUAAAGCAAGAAGCAGGGUCAGUUCGGUAGUGACUUCCUCGAUGAAUCUAUGAGAUCUUUUUAUUUUAUUUUUCUUCAGAGGAAAUGUUGCAAGACGACAUCGAUCGGAUUCGGGCGGCCAAUUUUGAGCCGUCUGCUUUUGUCCAUAUGCAGACGACUCUCUGAAAUAUCUCUCUAAUAAUCAGUAAGAACAUUUAGGCAUCGCUCAUUUUGCACAUUCCACAUGCUGUCAAUGCCUGAUGUGAUUUGGGAAACACUUCAUUCACACUGCAAACAAAUAUUACUUUAACUCCAGUUGCUUCAGGAUAGGAUAGUAUACCUUCCGGCUGAUAAACAGCUCGUGUAUUUGCGCAUGGUUAAGUUUUUAUAUUGCAACGCAGGAUGUAAUUGUAGUCCGUCAAAAAACUCUUGGAACUUUACGACAUUUUAAUCAGUGUUCCACCCACCAGAAAGUGCUGUAUUUAAGGCAGAUUCGAUUCGAAAGUAUUUUCCAUUUAGCAAGAUGUCCCGACCUCUUUCGGGACUGAGAGGGCGAACACAUGCAGACUUAGAGGAAAAGAUUAGAACUUCAUUUUCAUCCUUCAUAAGCAAUAUACACCUUCCAUACGUUGGCUGGCUGCUAGUCACUUGGCAUCAGGUUGUUAUAAAACAUAAAAACCAGCAUUUUUACAGGAUGUAACAUUCACCAAAAGAGGACAAAAAGAUAGCAAUGCAGUGCCUGUUCAAGCUGUCUGAGUGUCUAUUGUAUAUAAUUGUAAAAUGUGAUAGACUUACUUGCAUAUGUGACGAUAAGAACACCAUCACACAGAACCGAAUGUGGAAAACUCAUCUAGAAAUCUGCUCUUUAUUACUUCUUUGAUGGUUUUUUUGUUUUUGUUUGUUGAGAUUUAUUAAUUAUGUCAGCACAGAAUGCCCACAUCAAGCCUGUUAAAAAUUUAAGGAGGAAAUUGUCAUUCUUCUUUUUUCUUUUCUUUUUCUUUUUGGGAGGGUGGGGGGGUCAGUGCUACAUUAAGAGCAGUGAAAGGAUGAACUAAUGUCUUUCCUUAGGAUUACUCACCAGUGUUCUCUGCAGAGCUGGUUUAUUUGUGGGGUCUUGUGGCACUUUUACGUCCCUCAUGCGCACACAUUUUGACUUUGUGAAUCAUGGUGGAAUUAUAUAUAACAAACAACAACAACAACACCAACAAAACAAUAUGUAAACAGUCUCCAGUAGUGAUCGUAGUUACACUGCAAGUGUGUGCAAAGGUCUAUGUAUGUAUCUGAAUGUACGUUUUAGAGGAUUUUUUGGAAACCUUUUUAGUUUUUUAUGUUUUCAUUGACAGUUUAGGAGCCACAGGUGUCCAAUGUGAACUGUAUAGCGAAGGCCUUGAGAUCCCUUUUUUUAUUGAUUUUAGAAACGCCGAGCAUUAGGCGAUGCCUUCAAGCUGGUUACAUUUGGUGCAGGGGCUAAAAUUGCCACAAGAUUAAAAUCAGUGUAAAUAAAGGCUCAACUUUUUUGUGAUUGUUACUGUUAUAUCCAGCCUAUACUGCUAGCAGCUGUUUUUACUGCAGUCAAUUACUGGAAGUGGAUAUAUUUCCUAUGCAAAACUGUUUAAACAAUAAAAUGAGCUAUGCUACAAAAAUGA